AUGAAGGUUCUUCGCCGAAGUCUAAAGACCGAUCGCGAAAAGCCAAGUAUUUCAGUCACACCAAAAUCUGCAAUCGCUAUCAUACCGCCCAAAAAGGUUAUUCGAGCACUAUACGAUUAUGAAGCGCAGUCAAGAGAAGAACUUUCCUUUCAGAAAGGCGAUUUUUUUCACGUCAUCGGAAGGGAAAAUGAUAGUAAUUGGUACGAAGCUUGCAAUCCCGCCGUUCCAGAUGCUCGUGGCCUAGUUCCAGUGGCCUACUUCCAAUCUCUGGGCAAAACAGAGAGAGACAGCACACAAUCCGACAAAUCUUCUCCGCCUGUAAGGCAACCCGAUCACGACUCUGGGUACUCUGAUCAUCUUGGUGCCUCCAUAAACCCAUCCGAAAUUUCUCGUACCUCAAAUUCUAUGGGCAAAGUCUCUGGAGCUAUGGUGUACGGAAUAGUAAUGUAUGAUUUUGUAUCAGAGCGGCCAGAUGAGCUAGACGCAAAGGCCGGUGAAGCAAUUAUAGUAAUAGCUCAAUCUAAUCCCGAGUGGUUCGUAGCAAAACCUAUUGGAAGACUCGGUGGGCCGGGAUUAAUUCCUGUAUCAUUUAUUGAGAUACGAGAUAUGGUAACGGGUCAAGUCGUUCCAGAUGCCCUGGAGGCCGUCCAAAAAGCACGCGUGCCAAAGGUUGAAGAAUGGAAAAGAAUGGCAGCCGAUUACAAGAAUAGUAGCAUCUCCUUGGGAAAAUUUGAAGUGAAUACUAUGGCAUCGCAACAAAAACAACAGAUGGAGCAAGGCAUCGAAAACAUGAGCCUUCAAUCACGUAAAUCUCAUGGAAUAGAGCCAAACAAACAGAUACAAACAAACAACCAAGCCUAUAAGGACUCCUACGCCUCGAGACCGGCGUCUUCAAUUCCAGCUGCAAUCAGCGCAAGGAUUCCGCGAUAUUGCUUUGCAGAGGACAAAUACUGGUUCGUUGUUGAAGUUAAGUUGGAGGAUGGAAAGUACUGGGAACUAUCACGUUACUAUGAAGAUUUUUAUGAUUUCCAAAUCCAACUCUUAAGCGAAUUUCCCGUAGAAGCAGGAAAUACUGGUCAACAAACUAGAACCUUGCCCUACAUGCCUGGCCCGGUAAGUUAUGUUACAGAUGCCAUAACGGAAGGUAGACAAAUCAACUUAAACGCAUAUGUCAAAACUCUUCUAGCACAACCUGCGUACAUUUCGAGGUGUCAGCUAGUCCGAGAAUUUUUCGUACCACGGGAGGGGGAUUACGAGAUUGAUCCCGAAACAGCAAACGAAGAAUAUAGAUUAUCUGCCGGAUCUCAACCUUCCUCAAGCGAAUCUGCCGCUGAUAGUGCGUCCCGAUUAUCAUGCAGAGAAAACAUGAAUAGUGGCACAUACUCAUACUCGUCGUUGGGCCCACCACAUAAUUCUGGACCUAUGGCUGAAACUCUGUCUGCCAUACCCGACCCACAACAAACAAUGAAAGUGAAGAUAUAUUUUAGAGAUGAUUUGAUUGCAAUUCGUGUGCCACGAGAAAUUCUAUUUGAUCAACUUUCUGACAAAAUCCGCGAACGUCUUAAAAUUCCACCGAGCGAAGGAGUUACUUUGUCUUAUAAGGACGAGGGUAGUGGACAAAGACCUUUAUUAAUGAAUAAUGACGACCUAGACUUGGCACUGCGGAGGAAUGAUAAAUUUAUUGUCUAUGUAGAGUAA